AUGGACAAACACCACGUCCUUCCGCACGAGGCUUUAGCAGCAUCCUCCACUUUGAGUACUCCAUUCACAGAUGUACUUUCACAGUAUGAGUCCGGCUCGCCUGCGGGGUUCGCACAUUGGGCUUAUGAUCCAUCGCCAUAUUGGAAACUCAUUGAUCGGGCGUCUACUCCAGCAGAGGGGACGAACCCGCUUCCAUCACCUACAUCUCAUGUAAUCCCAACGCCACGUCUCAUACAACCCCAGAUUGUGGCUUCAUUUGCCCCUGCGAAUCUAAAACGCGAACCAAGCCCCAAUAUGUGGAGCAAAGAAGAGCCCCAAGCGCGCAAGCCAACGGUUGUUGUCGUCGAAGCGUGGAACAUGAAGGAUUCACCCGCGAAGAUUUCACGUUUCGCAGAUGUAGACUUGGAUUACCUGGAAGAUGUUGUGGUUCUUUUCUGCUUUGGUGUUCUCACGACGCAAGCACUGCUCCUUCCGCGUUUUCAGUUCAAUUUCUCGAAAAGUCGUCGUUGGGGAGUCAAGCUCACCAUGUAUGGGCACACUAUCAUCAAGUCGACCGUUUAUGAUACUCAAAAAGAGGCCAAAUCCGAUGUCUGUCGCGCUGCACUGAACAAGCUGCAACUUGAUUUUCCGGAUUGGAUUUUGCCUGAUGAUUUUGACAACAUUGAAUCGUCGGCCCAUCUGACCAGCUUCCCGGCAGAAUUCUGUACCCACAAUGGCUUUGAAUUGCCCCGCUACACUAGAAUCAUGCACGGAAACGAGAUUUAUCACAAGGUUCAGGUCCACCGUACGACCUACACUGGCAGAACUGGGACCUAUGCUGAAGAAGAACUCUCACGAAGAUCAUGCGCCUUGUUGGCUCUGCGGCAUCUAUACAUCGAUGGCUCUGAAACAAAUAGCAACCUCUCGGGCACGCUGACUCUGGAGGGGAUGGAUGCUAGGUUGCUCGCCUUGGUUCCAAGAGACCCUGUCCAGGCACGGACCUACAUCUGGGGGAAUUCCAACCAUGCAAAAGCCUCUCGCAAGAAGACGAAACGUGAACGUAUCGUGCAGUUCCAGAAGAAGAAACGACCAAUUGAACAUAAGCCCUCAGCUGGGUUCCCUAACGAGGUUGAUGGCAACAGAAAGCGCCCCAAAAGCGUCCCUCGGAACUCAAACAUGUUGCCACUUCAACACUCCAGGUUGGCAUCGAUUGAAGUACCUGCCGAGAAAGAAGAAAAGAGGUGGGCAGUGAUGCCCUGUCAAAUCCAGAGGCAGAUACAUGAUCUGGCUUCGUCUACUGAAAGAUUGCAAAAGGUCUGCGAUCUCCUCCGUUUGGAAUACCCCGAGAUCCGAGUUGACAGACAGGACGGGCGCUUGGUCGACACACGCGGAGAAUAUACUGCAGGGGCUUACUUCAAGACCGAUCCAUUCCUCCGACGCGCCGGCGCCGUCGGCCCCGUGACCGGUCUGCAGGACAGCAGGUCACUGGCCGAACAAGCCUGUGCCGAAGAGGUUAUUAAGUACUUGAUACGGAUGGUCGAAGAGGACGAAGAGCUUGAGACCAAAAUUGCGAAACAGCGUCAGAGUGUCGAACAGUGGAAAGCCAAGAAUGAAGAAACUAUGAUGCAUGAUCACCAGUAG